UCCGUAUCGCCACGCUGAGCCCCCUCCCCACCCCUCACCGCAGGGGUCGGUCGCCGCAGCCGCCCGCCGAGGAUGAGGAGGAGGAUUUCGAUGAGACUUUAGUGGCCGUCGACACCUACAACUGUGACCUGCACUUCAAAGUGGCCCGGGACCGUUACAGCGGGUAUCCCCUCACCAUCGAGGGCUUUGCCUACCUGUGGUCCGGCGCCCGCGCCACCUACGGCGCCCGGCAGGGCCGCGUGUGCUACGAGAUGAAGGUCAACGAAGAGAUCUCCGUCAAACACCUCCCGGCCUCCGAGCCCGACCCCCACGUGGUGCGGGUGGGAUGGUCGCUGGACUCCUGCAGCACCCAGCUGGGUGAGGAACCCUUUUCUUACGGCUACGGCGGCACCGGCAAGAAGUCGACCAACUGCAAAUUCGAGAACUACGGGGAGACCUUCGCCGAGAAUGACGUCAUCGCCUGCCUCGUCGACUUUGAGUGCGGGGAGGAGGUGGAGAUGUCCUUCAUGAAGAACGGGAAGUGGCUGGGGGUGGCGUACCGCGUCCGCAAGGACGUGCUGGCCGGCCGGGCGCUCUUCCCUCACGUCCUGGUGAAAAACUGCGCCAUCGAGUUCAACUUUGGCCAAAGGGAGGACACCUAUUUCUCCGUGCCGCCUGGCUUCACCUUCAUCCAACACCUCCCCGUGGCCGAGCGCGUUCGCGGCACCACGGGGCCCAAGAGCAAAGCCGAGUGCGAGGUGCGGCGCGGCCGGGCCG